UUGUCGUUUUCCACAAAAAUACUUCGCUUCCUGCGAAGUUUGGCUUCUACGUGGCGACGUGUGAAAAGCGGUUUUAGUUAAGUCUUACUCCGUGGGGUUAUCCCAGCCGUCUGACAAACGGAACUUCGAUAUUUUGUCAGUUUGGAAAGUCGGCGAUUGGUACAGGAUUACUCGGUGAGUCCAUUUUGGAGCCAACCGCGUCGGCCAUUUUCCUUGUGGUAUGGAACUUGCUGGGACAAAUAUUGUACACGUUGCAUUGUGCAUUGGCACCAUUUGGGAAACCUAAUAAGCUAGCGAAUACUAAGUUUAAGAGCCUGAUUUUCUGUGUUUCUUUAUAAACUUAUCACGUUCCCAAAUUGUUUUGGAUAAGAUGUUUUAAUACUUGUACAAGCUCCAUACAAAACAAAUUCGACGCACAGAGUUUCUGAAGGAACAACAUAGCUACCGGAAACGACGUUAUUUUUUUCGAUGGCUACUACAAGAACUGAAUACGGCAAAGAGAACAGAUUCCGUGCUCGUCGUGAAGUGGCAAGUCGUCCAAAAGCGGAGAAUGAAAGUUCUCGGAGUCAAAGCUCAACCGUACCUCCCCGCAAAAAUCUUGUUGACACUAAAACAAAGCGAACAGCGGGCAGUUCUAACACAGGGGAUGUUAAAGAGGAGAGACACAGAGCGUACAACAAAUUUGGAGCACCUCCGAAAAAAAUUAUCUCUACUGAUAAAACCUAUAUUUCCCCUCUUAAAAGUGACAAUGUGGUACGAACGACGAAAACCCGCGAUGUGAAACAGGGCAUAACGCGAAAACCGGCGAGAGAGACUGAACAGGAAAGUGACAACGAUAAAAGCAGCGCUGAAGAGAUCGUUAAACCUAAUGUAAGCAAACUGAAACACAUUUUUGAUGAGACUAUUGCGAAUGAGGCUAUAAAAGCACAGCAAACGUACAAGAAACCCAGGCCUGUCUCUGAAGCUUUUGACAGAGUGAAGGCAAAUCAUGCUAAAGACACAUCACAAGGUGAAACCACAGAACGAUGGUCCUUACCCAACUAUUACAAAAAAACCUUACCCCCCACCCCUUCACACAAGCCACAUGUGUCUUCAGGGAUUGCUGCCAGGAGGGCUAUGUUUGAAAGUGGAGGCUCAAAUGAAGAUUUACAAAAGAAGGAGAAACGAUCGCCAAGUUUGCAAGAUCUUGUUCCAGAUUUGAAGGAAUUAGAUGUGAGUUUGCUUGGCAACAAUGAUCCUACCCCUGUGCAGAGGUCUCGUACAAGAUCUGAUCCAGGAACCAAAAGACCUCUGUACUUUAUAAAAUCUCGUAAACGCUUUCCAUCUGACACUAAAGCUAUGAACGGUGAGUACCAUGGCACUGUUGACAAACUGAAGCAAUCUCGAGAUGACUCUGUUUUGAAGAAACCAUCACUUGAUACCAGACGCCUCUAUAAGUCGCACAGUGUUGAUUUUAUCCAGGGAAGUCCAUUGAUAUCAGAUUCAGACAUAGGAAUGACGAUGGAAAGCUUGACGAAACAGCAGCCCUCUUCUACAAUUGAAAGCGAAGAAGAGAAAUUCUUUCCACUCAACAAAAGCAGUGAGGCUAACACAGAAGUCAAAGCUGCUAAUCCUGAGAAAGUAUCUCCCAGUGUUCCUAAGGGAUUAAAAUCCCAGCGAAAGGAGGAACCACAGGAUGAUUUAUAUGAUGACAUCCCAGGGCGAAUCCGUGAAGCAUCUUGGAUAGAUGAAGAAAUUCCAAAAGAGGAAACUGCUCCAGUAGAAAUGUCACCCAUAAGCAUUACGCCUGGGUUCACAUCAGUACCCAAAUCAAAUAUUCUUGAAGUGGAUUCAGAAUCUCACCCAAAGCAUGACAGUGUUUACUUCCUAAAGAAUGAAGAAACCCAAUUGCAUAAUGAAGAAACUGAAAGUUCUGGUGAUGAAAGCACUGGAAGUGUUAUUGAACACAGUGAUGCUGAUGAAGAAGAUCGUGCACAUCUUCAAACAGUGUCCCCUGUAUCGUUACUUUUCUCAGCUAAGCCAGCAUUAUCAGCUUUGUCCAAAGACAAGACAAAAAAAGGAAGAAGGAAUGUUGGUUUUAAUAUGGAUAAUCCUGAUCUGUUUCUGACGUACAGUGCUGAGGAAUAUGAUAGAGGCAAUGAUGGUAUUGAUCCAGUUACUGCGUCUGCAGAGUGGGAACUGGAAAAAAGAGUCGAAAAGAUGGACAUAUUCUCUGUGGACCUGAGCAAAGAUGAGAGAGGUCUGGGAUUGAGUAUAAUCGGUUUAGGUGUUGGUACUGACACAGGGGUUGAGAAGUUGGGGAUAUUUGUCAAGUCACUUACAGAGGGAGGGGCAGCUGCAAUUGAUGGAAGAAUACAAGUGAAUGAUCAGAUAAUAGAGGUUGAUGGAGUUUCUCUUGUGGGAGUAACACAAAUAUUUGCUGCACAGACUCUGAAGAACACAAGUGGACUUGUAAGGUUUCUAAUGGGCAGAGACAAAAGCAGAGCUCAUGCGUCACACAGGAUUGACCCAAAUGUUGAACAACAAAUUGAGGCACUCAGACAGAAGCUAGCUGAGACUGAAACCAAAGCUGAAGAAGCAGAAAAAAGAGCUUCCCUGGCAGAAAAAAUGGUUCAACUUCAGAAUAAUAUGAAAAAACCUGAGGUAACUGGAGAACAAGCCGAUGAUGAAACCAAGAAAACACAGAAAGCUUUAGAAGAGAUGAAAGAGAAAGUCAACUCAUUAGAAUCAGAUUUAGCUGUGUCUGAAGCAGAGAAUGAAGACAUGGUCAGGCAGUUGGAAGAAAGCAAAGGACUGUAUCUAAUAUUGGAGAAGAAAUACCACAUUGCAAAAAAUAAAGUGAAGGAACUUGAAGACAGAGAGCAAGCAAAUUCUGUGACUGCUGAGAGAUCUGCGAUUGAAAUAAAGUUACUACAAGAUAAGGUCAAAGAACUGGAGACCCAGUUGAAAAUGGUUCAACAGCAAAAGUCAGAAAAGGAAAGAGAAGUGAAAAAAGAGGAAGCAAUAUCAGCUCCAGUGCAAAUUGAAGAACAGAAUUCUAUGCCUGAUGGCAAAUGGAGAGAGGAGGUUCAGGAGGAAAUUGUAGAAAAUGGACUGGCUUUUGAAGUAGAGCAGGCUUUGUCAAACUUCCAACUUAGUUGGGAUUCAGCUGGAAAAAAAGAUGUCACAGAGCCCGAUUUGGAGAGCUCAUCAAAAGAUGAUUUGGAUCUAAACAGCAUCCCAGCCACAAAAACACUUAGUAAUGAACAUCUUUUGGAGAAAAAAAGACUCGCUGAAGCGCAGCAGAAGAAAUAUAAACCAACUCGUGCAAGCUGGGGAAAGUCGCUGGAUGAUGAUUCUUAUGACAUGUUUGGAGGUAAUGAAGUGUCUGACGUGGAGGACGCUCCUUCUCAGAGUAUUUCUAUGGAAAACGAGUCCCCCAGGGGUCCCCCUAAGGGACCAGGAUUCGUCCUUCCAGGUUUGCCUGUCGGAGGAUUCAAACUGAGAUCCACAGGGAAAAACUUGUACGAUGAAUCAGCUGCUAAGGGAAGUGAGUCACCUCCCCAAGAGACGCGAGCCAGCUUCCCUUUGUCGCACAAGGAGGAGACGCGGAACAUCGUGGUGGAGAAUCUCCUGGAGAAGCAGCUGUCUAAGGCUGAUGUGAAGGUGACAUCUUUGCCGACUACUGCGCUUGACCGAGCGGACAGAGAGGCGCGUCGUGCGGUGGAUGAUCAGGAGUCGGAGUGUUUUUCAGGGUCCACUAAUUCUUUGGAUGAGAUUGAAGAAGCUGCGAGAAGGAUUGACUCCGACUUGGCCUCUUCCCAGGCCUCCUCUCGAGGUUCGUCUCCAUUCCUCCCUCCUGCCAUGCCCUUGUUACAAGUGAAGAGUGUUCCCGUGAUGGAAAGCUAUAAUGAAGCCGCCAUUGAUGUUCCCCCGGAACUGCUUGCAGCCAGCGGUCAGCGAGACUUCGAUCAACGAUCUGUAGGCACAGGGUCAAACGUUGACGGGCAGUCUUCUCUUAGUCCUGGGUCAGACUUAAAUUCAUCGGGAAAUUCACAGCUGAUUUCAGACUGGGACACAGAUCAGGUGUAUGCGUGGUUAAUCCAAAAUGAGUUGGACGAGUAUGCCGAUGAGUUCACUGCUAAAAAGAUUGAUGGAAAACAACUAUUAAACUUAGAUGGAUCCAGACUCAAGGCAAUGGGAGUGAGUCAGAACCACAGAGCUGUCAUCAAAAAGAGGAUCAAAGAGCUUAAGGCUGAGAUGGAACGAGAACAGAAAGCGAGAAAACAGAGAGAAAAAGAGCAGAGAACUGGCAAAAAGGAAGGAAAGUUGGAAAAAAUGGGAUUCAUGAAAAAGAAAGGAGUUUAUAAUAUCAACUAAUUUCUGCAACGCGGCGUGAGAUGCUGCUUGGCAGGUUUUUCGGCUUUUAAAAGGCAAACACUCCUGAGGAAGUAGAGACCGCUAGCCUAACAACCGUCGUUUGCUCGUAUAAACUGCGGAAAUAUUUGGCAUUGUCGGGCUUUGUGCGCAAUUGGAACGCGCUUGUGGUACUUCACGUUCGUCGUUUACAGUGUAUUAUAGGUAAUUUUGUAAAAAAAAAGAACAAAAAGUAUAAAAGAGAUGAAAACGAUUAAAAAGAAUACAGCAAUAAAAUAUUAACAUGAAUUACAACUUGAAUUAGCAAAUCGUCCUUUGAAAAUUGUGCAAAUCUGAAAAGUUAAUUUAAUUCAACGUUUCAAAACGAAUUGAAAUUCAAUUGUAAAAGAGAUUUUUUUUACAAUGAGUUAUCCACCGUGCCACGCCCUAAAAAAUGUUCAAUUUUUGUGCCAGUUAAUCACAGACGUUCUAAUUUCUACCUUAUAAAAUAUUGUAUCAGUGUCAGUAUCUUAGCUGCUACACACCUACCCCUCCCUUAAUCCAGUGUUAACCUUAACUUGUUAUCAGUUGACUGUGGUUAGUUUAGGGGAGGGGUAGGUGCGUAUUUGUGCAGAAACUGACAUUGAUCCAAAAUAUUUGUAGUACCUCUGUUACUUUCAAGAACAAGUGAAAUUCGUUGAUUUAAGAGAUAAAGGAAAAACAAAUUCUUGUGUAUUUUCUAACUGAUAAAUUCCUACCAUCAGAAUUAUACUUUGUUAAUAUUACCUGCAUUUUUAUUCCAAUUUACAGUCAGUGUUUCUUUUUUACAACAUCGCAAAAUGUUAAUUUUUUUUUGUCGAAUUGGUGAAAUGAUCAAACAGGCUUAUACUGAGAUGUGAAUUAGUGUUGAGCAGUAAUCAUUGGUGUAAAUUAAAUGGGUUAAUGGAUUUAAAUUUGUGACCUAGAAUAUUAUUUGACGUACUUUCUACGUGGUAAACUAUAGAGCUGAAAUUAUUUGAUAAAUAAAUAAAGCUGAAGAUUUUUUUUUAAAA